CCUUUUGGAGGCAUAGAGCUUCUUCAGCAUGAUCCCAACCGUUUCGACGAUUUACAACUCGUCCGUCCCCUCUUGUCGCCGUAGCCUGCAGCUGGUGAGAACCCAAAAGGACUAAAAUGGCGCUUAGUCAAGGCACAAAGAAAAAAGUUUGUUACUACUACGACGGUGAUGUUGGAAAUUAUUACUAUGGCCAGGGGCACCCCAUGAAGCCCCACCGUAUCCGCAUGACACACAACUUACUGCUCAACUAUGGCCUCUACAGAAAGAUGGAGAUAUAUCGUCCACACAAAGCCAGUGGUGAGGAGAUGACCAAGUACCACAGCGAUGAUUACAUCAAAUUCCUGCGCUCCAUCCGUCCAGACAACAUGUCAGAGUACAGCAAACAAAUGCAGCGGUUCAAUGUAGGAGAAGAUUGUCCAGUGUUUGAUGGUUUAUUUGAGUUCUGCCAGCUCUCAGGAGGUGGCUCCGUUGCCGGUGCCGUCAAGUUGAACAAACAGCAGACGGACAUAGCAAUCAACUGGGCAGGUGGCCUGCAUCAUGCCAAGAAGUCAGAAGCCUCUGGGUUUUGCUAUGUCAAUGACAUUGUCCUCGCUAUACUGGAGUUACUCAAGUACCACCAGAGAGUGCUCUAUAUAGACAUCGACAUCCAUCAUGGAGAUGGUGUGGAGGAGGCGUUCUACACCACAGACCGCGUCAUGACUGUGUCUUUCCACAAGUAUGGAGAGUACUUCCCCGGCACCGGUGACCUGAGAGAUAUCGGUGCUGGGAAGGGCAAAUAUUAUGCGGUGAAUUACCCUUUGAGAGAUGGAAUUGAUGAUGAGUCUUAUGAAGCCAUAUUCAAGCCUAUUAUGGCCAAGGUGAUGGAGAUGUACCAGCCCAGUGCUGUGGUUCUGCAGUGUGGAGCAGACUCUUUGUCAGGGGACAGACUCGGCUGCUUCAACUUAACUAUUAAAGGACACGCAAAGUGCGUAGAGUACAUGAAAAGCUUCAACCUGCCUCUCCUCAUGCUGGGAGGUGGCGGCUACACUAUUCGAAAUGUGGCACGCUGCUGGACGUAUGAAACCGCCGUCGCACUCGAUACAUCAAUCCCUAAUGAACUCCCAUACAAUGACUACUUUGAGUACUUUGGACCAGACUUCAAGCUGCACAUCAGCCCCUCCAACAUGACCAACCAGAACACCAAUGACUACCUGGAGAAGAUUAAGCAGCGUUUAUUUGAGAACCUGCGCAUGCUGCCCCACGCUCCAGGAGUCCAGAUGCAGGCCAUUCCCGAAGAUGCCGUGCAGGAGGAUAGUGGAGACGAGGAAGAGGAGGAUCCCAACAAACGCAUCUCCAUCCGCGCUCAUGACAAGAGGAUAGCGUGCGAGGAGGAGUUCUCUGACUCGGAAGAUGAAGGUGAAGGAGGCCGCAGAAACACGGCCAACUUCAAGAAGGCCAAGCGAGCAAAGACAGAAGGAGAGAAAGAGAGUGAAGAAAAGGAGAAGAAAGGUGAGGAGGAAACAAAAGAAGUAAAAGAUGAGGAAAAGGCACCUGAGGAGGAGAAAAUGGACACAUCAAAGCCAAAAGAGGAGUCGAAGACACCUUAAGAUCCACCCCACCCAAUGAUGCCAACGCUGGGAAGCAAAGAUCUUUUUUCAUAGCUCUAUACUUUGUGUGGUCGGGGGAUUGUCGUUUCUAUGGAAUAGGUUAUAAAAUGAGACUGGAUGUUUUUCUUUGCCCCUUGUACACUAUCCAAUAUUACUGUUUUUGAGCUAAAGUCAGAUUAAAUGUUUUGUAUGCUU